CAUUACCCUUCGACAUUUCGACUUUUGGAUAGAACCUACCAUCCGCCAUGUCUAAAGAACCGAAAGAUAAGCAAGCCAAGCAGGGGAAAGAGGAGAAGCGGGCACGGAAAGAAGCCAAACGCGAGAAGAAGAGGCUUGCGGAAGAGGCUGCGGCGGUAGCAGAGCCAGUACAACCUGUGCAGGAGGUCAACGCGAAUGGAUCGAAGGAGAACAAAAGGUCGAGGAAGAGGAAGCUCGAGGACGAAGUAGCAGAAGAGCCCAAGAAAAAGAAGAAGUCAAAGAAGAGCAAAGACGACGAAGUAAUGGAGGACGCCGUCGUAGCCCCCGUUGAGGCUGUUGAAGAUUCCAAGAAGUCCAAGAAGCCUAAGAAGGCCAAAAAAGAGGACAUUGCUGAGAGCGACGCCAUUGUAACUCCCAUUGAACCUGAGCAAGAAUCCAAAAAGUCCAAAAAGUCGAAGAAGAGGAAGUCGGAGGCAGACACAGCGAAUACGACAAAGAAGACUACAAACGGAGCAUCGGCAGGUGGUGAUGUUUCCGAGAGCGAGCUCAAGGCAAUCAAGAAGAAAGCCAAGCGAGGUGGCAAGGCCGGGAAGGGCGCUUCGAACGGUGUUUCUGGAGAAAGGCCAGCGGGUGGUGAAAAUGCAGAUGCCGAUGCACCUGCGGUGAAGAAGCAGCGCUUCAUCGUCUUUAUAGGCAAUCUUCCCUACAGCGCAACAGAAGAAUCUAUCAAACAGCACUUCAUCAAAAUACGCCCUACUUCCAUUCGUCCUAGAAAAGGCUACGCGUUCAUGGACUUCAACGACUACGACCGUAUGAAGACGUGUCUAUCGCUAUAUCACCAUAGUUCAUUUGACGACGGUACCUCGCCCGCACGAGAGAUAAACGUUGAAUUGACGGCUGGCGGAGGCGGAAAUACAGUGGAACGAAAAGCCAAAAUCGACGCCAAGAACGAGAGACUCAACGAGCAACGCGAGCGUCGUAAGGUUGAGGAGGAACGCCAAAAGAACGAAGGGGAUUCCAAGGGGUCGCGGCCACUUUCGAGAAAGAAGGCAGAGAAAACAGCAGAGAAGAAGCACGCGGAGAAGAAACCAGAACCAACGCCGGAGAAAAAGCCAGCGAAGGGAGAGUCUCACGUUGGUAUCCACCCUAGUCGGUUGGGCAGGUUACUAUUCUGAGAUGUUUCGACAAUUUGAAUGGACUAUUUUGCUUUUUAGAUGGUAUAUUAUAUCAACUUCCGUUGCGUAUAGAGGACGACACUAUUGCGUCAAACAAAAGUUGACUUCAUCUGGAACUGUUCGGGGUACGGGAACAUCCUACUUUGCUCGGUGGUGUCUAUUCACUAGUCUUCAAGUCCGAGAGUCUCAUCCUUCGACUAUUUGGGUACCAGGUACCCCGGACUUAUUAGUGGAGA